AAAGCAGGUUGUGCACUCAGUCACAAGUAGCCAUCCACAGCGGACCUCCUCAUUCACUGGAAGUAAGGAAACCAGCAGAGUAACAGCCAACAUGCCAGUUGAUUUGAAUGGAUAUUGGAAAAUGAUUUCCAAUGAUAACUUUGAGGAGUACCUGAAGGCUCUUGAUGUAAAUGUUGCCAUCAGGAAAAUUGCAACCUUGUUGAAGCCUGACAAGGACAUCACCCAUGAUGGGGACCACAUCAUCAUCAAAACCCUCAGCACCUUCAAAAACUACAACAUGGACUUCUAUGUGGGCAAAGAGUUCGAGGAGGAUCUGUCUGGAGUGGAUGACAGGAAAUGCAUGACCACCAUCAACUGGGAGGGAGACAAGCUGGUGUGUGCGCAGAAGGGAGAGGUUGAAGGAAGAGGCUGGACCCACUGGGUGGAAGGAGAUGAGCUUCAUUUGGAGCUAAGAGCUGCAGGAGCUGUUUGCCAGCAGGUCUUCAAGAAAACCUAAGCUGGCUCUUAUUGAACGGGACUGUGCCCCUGGCUGACGUUGGCUCACAGUUGGAAGACUCUGACAUACCAUCCACCUUCCCUUUGGUCCAUUCAUACAACUCUACAUAGGUCCAUCUACCAAUCUUUUAUGUACUUUUCUAUUACAAACGCUACUUUUGCCAACCAUCACAUCAGGUUUUUGCAUUACUCUGCCAAAGCCUAUUCACAUGAUAUAUAUUAUUAUACCAUAAAGUACAGUGGCAGGGGCAGGUCAGUGUGUGUAUCACGUAACAUUUCAAAAUGCAAUACUGUAGAUCUGUCUCAGGGUGGGUGCUGUUUUGAUUAACAAGUUUAGAUGUGUUGGAUGCAAACAUACUGCUGUGGGUGUAACUGAUCUGAUGGGUGAGCCAGAUUGGUAAAGCAAUGCACUGAAAGGCCCAGUGGUAAAGAAGAGAACAGUAAUUAAAAUGGUUGAACCCAUUUUAGUUCUCUGAAGGCUUGCUGUGGAUGGAAAAAGAUUAAAAUGUGAGUAUGUUUGAGGGCUGUGAACUCAUUUGCUACUGAUGCUUACUCUCCCGAAUGAAUAUCAGAUGUAAUGUGUGUAUUUAUCCCUCCCGAAUUCCUCUGGGACUGUGACAUUGACAGUAAAAAAUAAUUAACCAAUAAAGUGAACAGUGCUACA